CAGGUGGACGAACAAACGCCAGAAACGCCUCAGUCGCCUCCCUGACCCCUGACCCGUAACUCAACUCGUAGUACUCGUACUCUCGUAGAUAAGCGUAAAGCGUAAGCAGUCGUCAUGCCGCAUUUGUUCUAGCUUUGUUUUUAAUUAUUUUCUCUAUGACAUAUUAUGACGGUAAACCAGAUGAGUUAGAACUUCUCGCAGCGGCCUUGACAAGGUCGGAACCGAUGAACAUUAUCUUCGUUUUUGCUGCAAUAUUAUAAUCUAGACAAUGUUGCGCCGAAUGAAUGUUGUGGUCUGUGCGCGCCGACUGUUCGGCGUCUGCACUGCCAAGAGGAGCGUUCAGAGCCUCUCAGACGUUCCUGUAGUGUACGUGUCCAAAAUGAAAUCGGUACUGAGUGCCAACAAAGUCUCUUUUGAGGACGGCUUCACCUGCUUAACAACAACGUCCUGUCCGGUUGGCUGCAGGAAGGACAAUUCAUACUCUGGCAACUUUUAUGUGAACAAAGUGACAGGUUUGUUUGUGUGCCAUGCUUGUGGACAAAUGGGACAGUGGCAAUGGUUGGAAAGGAGGCUAACGGACAUGAAGAGACUCAAAGGUGACAUAUCACCUCCGGUGUUUCCUGAGCAAAGCUCAGCCAGACCAGAGUCCGUGCCUGAUGAUGUUUUGUCCAGAUUUCAGCCAGCCUCAACUGUUUCGGACAAACAGCUGAGCAAAUGUUUAGGACUCCUAGGUUUAAAGCAUGUGAAAAGAGAGCAGUUGGCGAGGCUGGGUGCCAUGGUUGGAAAGUCAGAAAUUCUGCUACCAUUGAGAGGGUCAAACCAAAAUAUUGGAGCGUGGAAGCACUUUUUCAGGGACGAUGCGAAUUCCUUGCAGGAAAAUAUGCUUGGGAACAGGUUGACUGGCCAAUUGCUUCUGUCGAAUGAGGAAGCUUGGCAUUCAGACAAUGUGGUCCUUGUGACAUCCGGCGCAGACCUACUGGCCCUAACCUCGCAAAAGGUGCCCGCAAUCUGCGUCGAACCGCAGCUACUGCCACAGGAGGUGCUUCCCAGGCUGGAGCAUUUUAAACAAAUCUGCAUUUGGUUUGGAGAACAUCAACUUCAGGCGCAGCGUGUGGCUAGGAAGCUGGGACUUUCAAGAUGCAGGAUAGUGAGAGCCCCUGAGCUACGGAAAGGUCCUCAUGAGGUGCUGGUCGCUAGUGGUGACAAGCUUGCGUCGAAGGUGAAGUUAGCCGAGAGCUUGCUUCACCCUGCCAUUGUGUCAUUUUCGAACCUGCGACAUGAAGUGCUUGACGCGGUCACCAGGCAGGACAAGAAUAGAGGAUUGCCGUGGAACCGAUUCCCUGCACUCACCUCAGUAUUAGGGGGAUUCAGAGAUGGAGAACUCACCAUCCUGACGGGACCCACUGGAAGUGGAAAGACCACUUUUCUUUCAGAAUACUCUCUUGAUCUCUGCCAGCAAGGAGUCAGCACAUUAUGGGGUAGUUUUGAAAUUCGGAACACAAGGCUGGCUAAAACAAUGCUUACACAAAUGGCCGGAAUGAAUCUCGAAAAAAAUCUUCACCGCUUUGACGAAUUUGCCGACAACAUGGAACAAUUGCCUUUGCACUUUCUUGACUUCCAUGGACAGCAGCCUUUGAAAACUGUUAUGAAUGCUGUUAACCACGCACAGUAUGUGUACGACCUUGGCCAUGUGAUUAUUGACAACGUUCAAUUUAUGCUGGGUCUUGGAGACUCGGAGUCAAGAUUCAUAGACCGCUUUUACCGCCAAGACCAAGUCAUCCAGGCGUUCAGGAGCUUUGCAACAGCAACCAAUUGUCACGUGACUUUAGUUGUCCAUCCUCGAAAGGAAACUGAAGGAGUAGACUUGACAGUCAACUCAAUAUUUGGCAGUGCCAAGGCCAGUCAGGAAGCAGACAAUAUACUAAUUAUUCAGACUACAGCAACUAGUGACAUGAAACAGAGAAAGUUCCUACAGGUGUGUAAAAACCGGUUCAGCGGUGAUUUAGGCAUCAUGCAGCUCAAUUUCAACAAGGACGCAAUGAGUUUUGCAAAGAAGACAACCCCUGUUAAAAACAUGGAGGUCAAAAGUCCUAAAGAGGAAGAACCUUUAGAGGUGCAUCUGGACCUUGGCAAAUCCAAAUUAGACCAAUUUGAACUCUUUAUGAAGACCCACGCCAACAUGCUGAAAUAAGGCAUCCUGCUUUUAUGAAACUUAAAAAAAGAAAAAGUGCAAAUAUGUCCUCAUUUUUUAACUUUGUUAUUCAAGUUUCAGCAUUUGGAAUGCAUUGUAGAAUUGAAUUAUAUACAAAGUGUCAUCAUUUUCAUAAAUACAAGGUAAAAUAGUA